AUGGAGUACAUGCAGGAAUCCUUUUCCUUUCCGACUCAGCAUCAACCUCAGAUGUACUACCAAGCGAUCCCAUACCCGUCCUAUGUAGUGCAUCCGCAACAACAGCAGCUCGACGACUUCUAUGCCCGGUAUGCCGCCAAUGAGUAUGCAGACUUCAUGCCACCUGGUAUGAUGGCCGAUGAGUUUGGGCCGGAGAUGGAAGAGAUAUCAACACGCCCUAGGCUUACCAAAGAGCAAGUUGAGAUAUUGGAAGCUCAGUUCCAGGCCAAUCACAAGCCCAAUUCUCAGGUCAAAAGGCAACUCGCAAUCCAAACCAAUCUGAAAUUCCAGAGAGUCGGAAAUUGGUUCCAGAAUCGACGGGCAAAAGCCAAACAGCAGAAGAGACAGGAGGAAUAUGAAGCUCAGAAGACUGGGGAUAACCCAGAGUCAAGAGGGAGAGAGUCUGUCAGCACACCCAGAGAAAAUGCCUCGCCUACUCGUUCCAUAUCACUCUCUCCGAGAAAAGAAUCGGUCUCGACAGCCCAGAGCACACCAUCGCCGGUCAAGACCACUGACAGGAUCAAAGAAGCAAGCUGGGCAUCCCUACGGCGAGCACUUGGCCAAGGAAAGGCUGCCCAAGUCCAACAAAUACCCCAGCCGCAACCCACAAUGGCUCCUCCCGGGCUGCCUGCACAACCGAUGAGCAUUCAGCUUCCAAUGCGCCCGAUCUCUCAUCACCUUAGUGCAUCAGCGCCAAGUGCUCCGCCAGCAUGGACUGCUGCUGGAGCUCCAUAUCCUUCGCCUGGCGUGCUGGAUCAGGCCUUUGACUUUGGCUUCGACGACAAAAAUGGGGCUAUUGACACAUCUGAUCAUGAUGAUCUCGCCAUGGAUCCACUUUCAGAUUUCAUCCACGAUUCCUUUGUGGUUAGUCCGACCGAUCUAGAAGGGUCUUUGGAAACUCCGAAAGGCAUCGCACACCAGCACAAUGAUCCUGCGGCCGGCUUACCGUCCCCUGGACUGACAAUGCCAGAAUACCCUGACUCCAGGCGGCAUUCUAGUGCUGUAACGGAAGAACUUUCACACAACUUUGGUAAUUUCGCAUUAGCCAGCAGCUCACCCACCCACGCAGGAGGUCGACGUCCUUCAGAACCAAUACGAUGUCCGCCGUCGGGAUCACUGGAUAUUGCUGCACGCAGAAAACGGCCUCGGCCUGCGGCAUUGACUUCGACAGCUCUUCGAAGUCGAUCGUACGGCGCCAUGACAUCGGUCUCUCCCACGUUCCGUCCCAGCAUCACUACUCCUGCAGUACCUCAUACUAUCCGCCACGUCAAGUCGGCCGGUCACAGUCUCAACUCACGGUAUGCUGGGGUUCGUAAGGCGAGUUCGGCACAAAGAUCACCCAUGUGUGUCUCGACUUUUGCUGAGAAUGAAGCCUUCAAUCAGCUGAUGGCGCAACAAGCUAUCAAUGUCCAGCAACUGAUGGACUUGCCUGCGCCGAUGCUGUCGCCUGAUAUGAUCUCAAAUAGCCAUAUGACGGAUCCAGAAAAGAACCCUUUCUUUAACCAAGGCGCUGACAUGUCGGCGUCGUUCUCAUUGCAAGCGGGUCAGGGUCUUUCAAUAAACACAUCACCACCGAUCACGCCGUUGCCUUCGGAUUUCAUGGUUCGAGGUGCAUCACAACAAUCUCAUGCUCCACCUGCUUCAGCACCUCCGCAAUAUGCGUCGUUUCCAGAAUUCACACCUCCGUAUUCGGCAGGACCAAUGACAAACAGCAGUUGGUCCGAUGCACUAACUUCACCAGAGGUUCCUUCUUUUCCUCCCGUCACAUAUGUUCCAUCUCUGGGCUACCAGCGGCAUGCAGAUACCCUUUCUGGUCAUCUUCAGCAAUUCGUUUUGCCUUCCGAUACCACCACAGAAUUGGACUUUGAUGCUCAGCUGGAUCGAAAGAAGACGGAAUUCUACAUUCAAGAAUUCCCCAACCAGAAAGAAGAGCAUGCUAACAUUGCUCAACAGCUUGCCCAACAAAAGCCGAAGAACUAUGUGUUCGCCAAUACCGCCCCUCAAGAUUAUAACGGCGAGUAG